UUCAUCCAAUUCACCUUCUUCAACCAUGUCUGGAAAGAGGAGAACAGUGAGAACAAAGUCCAUUGUAGAAGGAGAGGCAUAUGACAUGCUGUUAGCGAAUCAUCCUGAACUGAAACCUACUCUAAGAGACUUCGAUCAAGUCAUGGUCAAGCUUCAAAACAUGAACAAAAUUACCGAAGAGAUGUAUCCACAAAUAUAUGAACUACUUGAUAAAAAAAUAGAUGAUCCAUUUCAAGAUAACCAACAGCUGGAGCAGAGACUGGCGAUGGGAAAUUACUUGGCCAAAAAGGGAUUUGUCCCUCAUUUAGUGGAUGUAUACCAGGCUGUCUGGUCUAAUCAUGACCUCGAUUAUUUUGAUGAUGACUUGGAAGAGGAGCAUUCCGAAUCAGAAUUCUUCAAACUUCUAACACUUAUCAGGACAAUCUUAUGGAAUUAUGCUGACGGGAGUUCCAAAUUUGCCGAAGCCAUUGUAAAUGACACACAGUUUUUUCAAUAUCUGACGGAAGAUUUAUUAGCUGUGAAGGAUGAUCUGGAAGAACUAGAAGACGAAAUUACGAAUGAAAACCACUUUCCAUUUAACUCCACUCUUGGAAUACUCAACAACUGUGCUCGAAAUGCUUCUACAAAAGAUGUUUACAGUAUCAAGCGCUUGUCCAAGAAGGAUGAAAAAGAGUCAAGGGAUAUUAACAUGGUUGAAAUUCUAGAAGAUCUGUUAAAAACAGACAUAACGUAUGUAAAGCUGGUUGUUCUCUUGGCCUUAUCGUACAUGGUAAACGAAGAACAAAAUAGACAAAUCACGGCCGAUGAAUCUAUCUUUGACUUUAUACUUGACAUGGUCCACAAAGCUGAGAAAGCAAAGGAUCGCAGACAAUGGGGCUUUUCUAUCCAUGAACUCAUUAAUGGUUUGGCAAAAUUGGCCAAAAACGAUGACAACAAAACAACCAUCAUGAAAAAAGGGGCUUUUGAUACCCUUAAACGAGUUUUAAAACAAGGAAAUGAAGCAGAACAGAUUGCAGUUGUCAAUGUUAUUUGGGAGUUGUCUUUUGCUAAAAAGAAUAAAGAACGAUUUAAGAAUGACAAAGAAGUUUGGAAAACACUUCAAAGUCUGUAUAAUAGCGAUAGCAAGGAAUUAUCGAAGGCGGCUCAGGGAGCAUGUUUCGUUAUCAAUGAGGGACAAGAUGCGGCUAAGAAGAAGAAAAAGGUAAAACCAGAGGAAAAAGAGGAAGAAUCCGCUAUUGCAGGACAUAUUAUGCUAAGCUAUAAUUGGGCAAACCAGAAAGUUCUUUUACAGAUUAGGGAUCGUCUUCAAGAAAAAGGCUUCACGGUUUGGAUGGACGUUGACAACAUGGAAGGUUCGAUUCUCGAAGCCAUGGCUCGUGCAGUGGAAGAUGCAAGAAUUAUACUGGUUUGUUACUCCGAGAAAUACAAAGACAGUCAAAAUUGUCGAACAGAGGCAGAAUACGCUUACUCACAAAAGAAGGAAAUUAUUCCGCUUCUGAUGGAGAAAGGUUACAAAGCAACUGGAUGGUUGGGCGCCAUGAUAGGAGCUAAAUUGUUUUACGAUUUCAGCGGCAAAUACGAUUUCGAAAGAAAAUUGGGAGAACUUUUAGCCGCAAUAUCUGGAAAAAUUCAUCCACAGAAGACGAAGACAUUGUCAACCAUUCAAGAGCAUGCUGUUUCAACCCUGUUACCGUCAUCUGACGAUAGCAUUGUCUUGCUGGAUUGGACAAGACAAGAUAUUGAGAAAUGGCUUGGUGACAAUCAAUUAAUGGCAUUUUCUGGAUUGAAAAAUCUUUCUGGCAAACAACUUGUUUUUCUUUAUAAAUUAUUCCGAAGGGCCCCUGAGUAUUUCUACAGAUGCAUUGAAGAAAAAUUAGGAAUGAAAAGUCUUGAAGAUUUGAUGAAAUUCAGUGAUGCCAUAGAGAAAUUGCAAGCGGAAUACCCAGACAUCAAUCGAUUGAUUUAUUAAAAUAUUUUUUUACAGUGACUGGAUUGACGGUUGUUAUUAGAUUGUGCCAAGUUCAUUAACUGUGAUAAACAAUUAUAUACAUGUAUAUACGGGAUUUUAAAGUCUUAAUCAUUUUAUACUAAAUUCACACAUCCAUUGUAGAAUUCAGAAGAAAAAGAGUGUUUGGAUUAAAACAAGUAAUUCGAUUUGGAUGUAUAUGGACAUGUAAAUACACACCAUCUUUGAUAAAACUGCAACAUAGUAAUGAUAAUGAUUUUCAGAAACAGAGAAAAAUCAUUAUUGUUGUGAAAUGUUAAUGACUUUAAAGAAUCUUGCUAUAAAAAUAAAAAAAAUCUCUUUUUAACCAUUUUUGUUGGGAAGGGGAAUAUGUCAUACAUGUAAUUACCAGUGAGAUCUCUUUU